AUGUUCUGGUGGCCCUCGUUUUCCACGCCGCAGUCCAAAACUAGUGAGAUGGGCGUCGAGUUUUGUGACGGCAUCAGCGGUCUGCCCCCGCCGUCGCCGACGUCCUCGCCUCACCGCCGGCGGUCAUCCAUCCGUUCUGAUGACCCUGACUUUGUUGAGCUCGUUGCCGCACUCCGAGCUCGUCUGGAAGACCAGGACAACCCUGUGACCUUGCAGGAGCUUGCCAUGCAAGCAGGGCUCUCGCAGAACGAGCGCGAUCUGUUGUUUGCCGUCUCUCGUGACCAAAACGCGGUGCUGUACCGGCUGCAACAAGAGCACCGUCAGUUUUAUACGAAGCGACGCCUGCAGAUGGCCCCUUCUGACGGUGGCUUUUGCCUUCCUGCCGCCACGCCUCUCAACCGGACACAUGUCGAAGCCAUGACGCUUGCUAUGUCCUACUUUGGUGUUCCGGUGCCGCCACUGGAAGUCAGAGAUGACUUCAAUAGCACCGAUAACACCAACGGCGCCGAUAUUUCCCCGAUGCCGUGGGGGGACUCGGAUGCAUUUUCGGAUUCGGACAUCACAGAGACGGGCGAAGACCAAGACCAUGCGGAGCCCGUCACUUUGACAAUUCCUGCGAGAACUGCUCCUCGUCUUCUUGGCGGUGCAGAGGUGGUCAAAAGAAUGAAGACAGUCCGUGUCGGGUCGUUCGGCAAGACAUUUUCGGUGCGGACCACCCGUGCAUUCUUGUACGGCUACCAAGGUGCCGUUCGUUUUGACUUGGCAGACCCCAUGACGUUUGUUGACGCCGUGUUCCGUCUCAUGGGUGCGACCCAGAAAAUCAGCAUCUCUCUGUUGAAAGGGUACGUCGGCGGAUACCAUGCAGCAGUCGUCCAAGAGACUUACCACGGCCUCAGCCAGCAUGGGCCCGAUGAGGGUUCGGGUCCCUUCGCGUUUGACAAGAUCCGCCUAUCGAUCCUAGAAUCGCGCCACGGCCGCAGAGAAAUUCCCGACAAACGCGAAGACGAUGACGGUUUACUCGUACCAUUCGUCCAUGCCCCUGACCAGCAGCUUGCCGACCUUUGGCACUGGCGACCAUCGCCCUACCUGGUAAAAUGCAUCGUCAACGGGUCGGCGUUGAGCGGUCGCAGGGAAGACUCUGGAGAUGCUGCGUAUCUGCCCAUCCACAUUGAAUACCGCGAGAAGAUACGUAUAGGAUCUCCGAAUGUCUACACGGCGCGCUAUCGGCUGGGCUCCAAUCAAUAUGGUCGCUGGAUGCAGGUUGCAGCACGCAUUCUCACACCCGGUGCCGGCCACGCCCUUGCUUCGGGCACACCCGGUUCCAUUGUGGCCCACUCACGCAUGGGUUUGCACGAUGGGGGUUGGCGGUCUGGCCCAGCGGCUCCAUUCGUUCCCUUCACAACCUAUGGCGGCCUCGGUUUUACUUCUGCACAUUUUCAGCAAGUUGCCGAUUCGCUGGCCGGCAACUUAUUUAAAUCGACCUAUGACGGUAUGGACCGCCAUUCGCGGUACGCGACAUUUGACAUGGAGCCAUUGCCCCGAUGGACAGUCUGCGUUUUCUUGCCAGGCCUAAGCAGCGAUGCGUCUGAAGCAGUCGGACCUGAAGUCACCGACAGCGAACCCAUAAGUGGCAUCCAGGAACAUUUUCACACUACACUGGCUCGCUGCAUUGACCGCGUGCUGACAGCUGGCACCACCGCCGAGGAGCGCCGCCUUCUCAAGGAUGUGAACGUUUGGUCUGGGGGCGCAAUUUGGGACCCCGCAGCAUGGUUCGUGACAGUACCGGCACUGCCAACCUCUGGCUCGUCGCUGGAGCUGACCACAACCGGGUACCGUGACCCACCAUCCAUUGUGUCAAUCCAGCCUAACUACUCGACAUACACGGCUCACGUGGAGAGGCCAGGCGACAAGACCGCCUCCUUUGCCUUUGAAAUUGAUGGCCCGUAUGAGACGUUCUUUAACGGUGUUAAGGCCAUCCUGGGUGCCAUCCAUGACGACGCCAACGAUCCAGACUACGAGGAGUACAAGGAGUACCAAGACAAGCGGUUUUGCACUAGUGUCGAGAGCAAACGUGAUCUCAAUCACAUUUGGAUUCGCCAGCGCGACGGCAGCAACCGGCCCGAAUUCUUGCUGUCUGCUAAGACGACGGAGAACGAGUGGCAGGCUGUGUGCAACCAAAUUGUCGGGCCGGAAGUCUGGGUGACGCGUGAAAAGGAGGCCGAUUGGCAUGAAGCGGACAUAUACCGGAAAGGGAUCUGGGGCUACCAGGAUUCAUACAAAAACUUGGAAUCGAUGCCGUACAGCUACGGACCACCACGCAGGUCUCUGUUCGCAAGCAUAUCCUCCACUCCAACAACCGUGGAUGGUACCGACCCAGAAACGGACUUGGCGUCCUUAAACAUCUGUUCAUCCUGUUUACACAAGUUUGCGUUCCACGACACCAUCGAGGACAAGCUGCGGCACAUGGUGGAACAACACAGCAUCCUGAAAAAGGAGCAGGGUGUGUCCCAGUUGGGCGCAGAGGCAGAGGUGCCCACGGACAGAAACAGACCGCUCCGCAGCCGCAGCCGUACCCCUAGCAAAGUCGAUGCGAACGACGAUAGUGUGUUCUCGGGUGCGUCUGCAGGCAAGAAGCGCAAGCGGGCGACGGCACCCAAAGUCGCCGAUCCAUCCUACAAGCCACCAAAGGGGGAAGAGGAGGAUGAUGCCGAGGAGGGAGAGGAGGGUAAGGAAGAGGAGGAGGAGGUUGGCCGAAGAAAGAAGGCCACGCCAAAGAAAAAGGCCGGCGACCCCUCCUACCAUCCUGGGAAGAAGGAAAGUGCCGCUGGGGACGAGGACGAUGACGACGAUGACCAGCUCCGACAGUCGGCCGUGCCCGAGUACGACCGCGACCCGACCGACCCGACGGGCAAACAGCUGCGUGUCAUUCGCGAAGCGCGUGGACGGGCGGCCAAGGCAGUGCGGCUGCGACAGGACAAGAGUGCAGCGCCUGUAGCUGUGACCAUUGCCAAAGCAUCACUGAAGGCAAAGGCAAAGGCAAAGGGAAAGGGAAAGGCCGCAGAAGCCGUGAAAACGGCCGGCUCGGCCGCUAGCACCCUGAGACGAGGGCGGUCGCGGAACACAACGCCGGCUCUGGAGGCUUGA